GACAGAACAUUUAUUGUGCUCCGAGCAGCUCUUUUCUGGCGUCCGUUUUGAUCUUUGCCCCAUUGAUCCCGUGGAGCAGCUCAGUGGAAGAGCCCUGGAGUUGACUGGUAGGCGGUGGAGCAGGAAAAGUCACUGGCAAAGGCAGCACAAGUCAGAGGAGGUGAAUAUCGCACCUGCAGCGUCGGACACGUCCGGCCGGAGGAUGGACACCGCCUGCAGGUGCCUGCAGGUGAGCACCCUUGCCGCCGCCUGCAGCAUCGCCGCCGCCUGCAGGUGCCUGCAGGUGAGCACCCUUGCCGCCGCCUGCAGCGUCGCCGCCGCCUGCAGGUGCCUGCAGGUGAGCACCCUUGCCGCCGCCUGCAGCGUCGCCGCCGCCUGCAGGUGCCUGCAGGUGAGCACCCUUGCCGCCGCCUGCAGCGUCGCCGCCGCCUGCAGGUGCCUGCAGGUGAGCACCCUUGCCGCCGCCUGCAGCGUCGCCGCCGCCUGCAGGUGCCUGCAGGUGAGCACCCUUGCCGCCGCCUGCAGCGUCGCCGCCGCCUGCAGGUGCCUGCAGGUGAGCACCCUUGCCGCCGCCUGCAGCAUCGCCGCCGCCUGCAGGUGCCUGCAGGUGAGCACCCUUGCCGCCGCCUGCAGCAUCGCCGCCGCCUGCAGGUGCCUGCAGGUGAGCACCCUUGCCGCCGCCUGCAGCAUCGCCGCCGCCUGCAGCGUCGCCAGGGUUGCUUGA